AUGAGUGCUUUCUGCUCGGAACCGGCAGCACGGCUCUGCCUGGCUGUCACUGCAGUGCUAGGCGGAGCGGUUUUCUACAAACUGAGGAACAGCCCGGGGCAGGUGGGGACCCGUGCCAUCUGCCUGGUGGGCCUCUGGGGAGGCAUCGGGUUGCUCAGCUCGUCCCUCUGCUGGGGCCUGGCUCUCUUCUGCCUGUCCUGUCUCCUCACCUACGUGUACUUAUCUGGCCGAGAGCUGUUACCUGUGGGUGAGAAGGCUGUACUGAUCACAGGCCUGUGGGCUGUGAUCAACAAUGCUGGGGUCCUUGGCUUCCCGGUUGAUGGGGAGCUCAUUCCCAUGACCGAAUACAGACAGUGCAUGGCCGUGAACUUCUUUGGACCUGUGGAGAUCACGAAGACAUUUCUGCCUCUUCUUCGGAAAUCCAAGGGGAGGCUGGUGAACAUCAGCAGCAUGGGAGCAGGGGUCCCGAUGGAAAAAUUUGCAGCUUACAACUCAUCCAAGGCAGCUCUGACCAUGUUCUCGGCAGUUAUGAGACAAGAACUUUCCAAAUGGGGAGUCAAAGUCAUUGUCAUCCAACCUGGACCCUUCAAAACAAAUAUUGUAGGCACACAGGAGAUGUGGGAAAAGCAGGAGAAGAACCUUCUGGCUGCCCUAGACCCUGACGUUCUGGAGGACUACGGCCAGGAGUACAUUCUUGUCCAGGGGAAAUAUCUGCGCUUCUCGAAAGACACUUGGAGCAUGGAUUACACCCCAGUGUUCCGGGAUGUCCUGCAUGCAGUCUCUUCCAAGAGGCCCUUUGCUCUGUACACGCCAGGAAAAAUAUCUUACCUGUGGCUUUGCUUUGCCUCUUUCUUCCCUGCUGAGGUGUUUGAUUAUCUUAACAAGAAAGUACAUGGCUCUCCAGACUUGCCCAGAGCUGUAAGCAUGACUGCCUGCAAGGAUAAGGUUAACUUCAGUUGA